AUGGUAACGUACGACGGGGUGACGGCGAGCGGGAAUAAGAGCGUCGGCGGGGUGAUGGCGAGCGGGAAUAAGAGCGCCGGCGUCGAUAAGGCAUACCAGGAGGCGAUCGAGAGCGAGAGCGCCGAUACACCGGGCUACGGGAACGUCGGCGCGGGCUGGGGCUACGGCUAUAGCGACGUCGGGGGCUACGACUGUAGCGACGUGGGCUGCGGCUGUAACGGCGUUGAGGGCUGCGACUGCGGCUGCGACUAUGACUACGAUAACGAUGGCGGUCCCCAUCGGACCGGCUCUUCUCUUGCUUGGCUUGAGCUUCGGCAGCAAGUUGACGCUCCUGCUCUUCGGCCUCGGCUUCUUCAAAUUCGGCUUGCAGCGCACUAA